UUGAGUACACUGUACAUGUAGUCAUUUUACUUUUAAGUGUUAGUUAAGACUCAUAUAUUUUAUCAGAUUUAUUGUGUCAUAACAAAGAAAUUUAUUUUGCUUCUAGAUAAGACAAAACUCGAUGGUUACUAGUAUCCAUUACCAAUUCUGAAGUAGUUUAUAGAUAUAAAUAAAUGUUACUUAAAAUGAGUUAAUCGUAAAUAUGUAUCACAACGCUUAAUAAAGACGUGUGAUAGACUUUCGUAAAACAAAUGUCGUCAAUUUGAUAAAAUGAGGUUUAAUAAGCAAGAGUUGGCUGCGUUAGCUUCGCAAACUUCUCAAAGUUUCGAUCGAGAAGGGGUGAUGGUGCUUAGGGAAAAGCAAGAUGGAUUUUUUCGUCGUUCUGAAGGUUGCUCGUUGCGCUGGUUUCGUCUUAGAGGCAACCUUUUAUUUUACUUAAAAGGCCCAGAGCCAUGGCAUGAACCUGUCGGUAUAAUUGUAUUAGGUCAGCAUCAAGUUAAGGUACAGACUCAAGAUGAAAAUGGUUACUGGCCAUUUCAAAUAGUGUGGGAAAAUGGCAUUUUCUAUAGAAUGGCCACAUUCCAUGAAGCAGAACGCGCAUCAUGGUUAAAAGCAAUACAAAUGGCGCCAUAUGAUGUCAUAAAUUCACAAAUAAUUGCACUUAAAGAGAAACUUAACAAAAUAAGGGCAGUUACAGAUAUAACAACAUACAGAUUACAAAAAGGGAUUGUGUUGGAUACAAAUGAAGUACCUCUGUGUGAGCUAGCUCUGUCUUGUGAUAAUCUUUUAUGUGAUGCACAUGGUCGACCUCCCUCGCCACUGAUUGUUGUUUAUGUCAAAUAUUCUAAAGGCCUUUGUGUCAAAUAUGGAACAACAGAGAUUGUAGAGACUUGCAGUAAUCCCAGUUUUUCCAAGACUGUAUUGUUUCGUGCAAGUGAUGGUUUAACUCGAGAUGCAAUCGUUAGGAUCGUGGUAUAUGAUGUUAAAGAGCGAGUGUCUGAAACUGCUGUACCAAUGGGUUUUACUUCCUUGCAACUGAGUACUAUACAGGAAGCUCAAAGAUUACGAGUUGGACUUGUUACACGUGACAACAAAACAAUUGGAUUUGUGACAAUGAAUGGAUGGAGCUUAGAACCUUCAUAUAUUGGUACCAGUCCAAGCCAUGCAGAUGAUAGAAAUUGCAUAGAUGUCCCACAAAAAGUUUUAUGUCACAGGCGGUCACAGUCUCUGCCUCCUAGGCUGGGCCUGAAGUUGAAAUUUCCAUCUUAUGGAAACCUUUUGAAACAGAAUUUCGUCAAUAGUCAUCAAGUUACAUACAAGUUUCAUUCUGGCUUAGGGGGAGAUAUAACAGUUCAUGAAAUUAUGGCGGAACCAAAAGUUUGUUACCAAAUGCCAAUGCAAGUGUUAGAUAUAUACAUUCAACGGGAAAAGGAGCUUUUAGAAGAGCUUUUGUCUGUGGGAGAUGUUUGUGGACAUUGGCAAAGUAAGCAGUUGGAUUUAGCGAGUACACAUGUAUCAUUAUUGAAGCAUUACUGCCAUUCUAAAAGAUGCUUACAUCAAGCUGAACAUGCAUAUUUCAAAGCAAGUUCCAAGAAAGACGAUUCGAGCUUAGAAUUCGCUCCAGUAAACAUGCACCUUCAAAGAAUGUGGGUAUACAACGACACCUUGAACAAGACUGGGUUUCAUGACGUCAUCACAGCGGGUGCGUUUGCUGCUCACACACAUAAAGCUGAACGUACCGGCGGUUUGAUUAGACUCGUACAACAAGUAAAAGAUAUAAGUAACACAAAGGCAGCAUUGAACUACGCAGCUGCGAAUAAGAUUCAAGCUGAAUACGAUAAUGUUAUGGCCUUGAUAAGAUUGCGAGAUGAAAUUUCGACUGACAUGGACAGGAUCGUAGUUCUCUUACAAGCUGUUCAAAGAAAUGAAGUCAUGAAUAUAGCUGAAGUUAUUAAGGCAAAAGUUAAAGUCAUGCUCGAACUAUGGAGACCGGCAGUCGUUGAGGAAUCGCUGGCUAUUAUUGGAUGGGCAAAACACAGCUGCACUGAUGAUUCUGAAAAUCAAACAAUGUUAACACUUGUGCGUCUCACCGAACAGUUGAGUCUAUUCGACACGAAUUCCGACUGCGAUACAUUCGAAGCAUCCUCCAGCUCUAGUUCUAAAGAAACAUCACCCACAGUUGAUUUCGCCUCGUUCCCAUCGAGUUCUUAUAUAUGCUCGAACAAUUGCCAGAAACUCGAUAAAGAUUUAAGUAAACACGGAAGCGAGUUGCACUUCUAUAACGAUUAUUUCAAUAGUGAAGAGCGGAAUAGGUUGAAUCAUUCAUUCAGGUCGGUCCGUUCACCGACAAGGCCGAAACUGAAUGAUACACAUAGUUUUUCAUUCGAUUCAAAAAGGACGAGGCAUGGAAGUUUGAGACAUGAUUUUAAAAGUACCGCGUCGCUCGAGCAAGUUUCGUAUCGAUGUCUUAUGGAGAGUUUGAGUGGAAUCGACAAGAAAAAGAAUUCCAAUCUGAAGAAAGAUUCUUCGUCUCUUCCAAGUAUAGGCCAAAUAGAUUCUACGACACGAGAAAAUAAUCUGGCUUUUCUAAAAAGCAUCGGUGCUGAUGUUGAGGCUACUAUUAAUUUAGUUCUAGAAGCAGCUAUCAAAUUUGCUAACGGUACCGAAGAUAUCACGGAAGAUGAUCUUGAGUGUCUCAGGAGUCAGACAGAGGAGUUCAAAUUGACGGCGGAGUCCUUGUCGCGCUGGUCGCGUGUAGCUCAUGCAGCUAUGCGACUAAGAUGCGAAUCACCCACUUGGGCACGUGAACACGCCGCGUUGCAGACUAGACGAGACACCUGUUUUUCACAAGCGCUCACAACGUUGACAGCGGGCUUACUCUGUUGGUUCUGUUCAAUGCCCAGGGAUAUAAUCAUGAAAGUGUUAACUACAGAACUGGGUCCGUUAUGUAGUUUCGAAGGUCUCUUAAGCCUUUACUCCACUGAGAAGGCAAUGUGGGGUGACAUGGUCGUAGCUAUAGAGGAUCUGCAAACAGUUGUUUUUACAUUGACAAAAGUUGGACACAGUAACAUGGCUAUACCUCAAGUGACUGGAACAAGAGGUGCCUUAACAGUCUACAUACCCGUCUCCGACUCCCUCUACAACAAAUUUACGAAUAAGCAGCACCUAAGCUUUACAAUAACCGCCGUAUUCUUCAAUAUUGGUGUAAAUGAAAAAGCAACGCUCGCUGAAGCUUUAGGCGAGACUACACCGCAGUAUCAUUCAAAUAACGACAACUUGGACAGACUUUAUAAAUAUUAUCAUAAGUAUAAUAAAGUAUUCCCUGCUGAUCCAUUGGCUCCUAACCGAGCUUCCACAAGAACCAAGCCUUUAGAAGAAGUAAUGGAAAAUCUACGUAUCGCUGUGCAUAAAAAAGUUCCGAAGAAUGUUGAAGUACUACAUCUCGCUGCGUUAGCAACAAGACUUAUGAAUGGAAUACGAUACACAUCAUGUAAGAGUGCAAAAGAUAGAACUGGAAUGUCAGUAACUUUGGAGCAAUGUACGAUACUGGCAUCUGAAUAUCAUUUAGCAGAAAAUGAAAUGAAAAAGGCUCUCAAUAUAAUGAGAAGUGAAGGUUGUCGACGAGAGAACACAUACAAGAAUAUCGGCAUAAGAAAGUACGCGUUUACAAAAAAGCAAGUGAUGUCACUUCCUGAGGAUUACAGACCGCCUCCUGGUUCUUAUGGUUCAACGCAGACUUAAUGCAUUUACAUUAAUCACAUUACUAACAUAGGAAAUAUUGUAUACCUGGUGUAUUGUUAUACAAUGUUUUUUCUUCUUCAUUCACGGUAAUAUUACUUAUGACAGGAGAGAGAGAGGCCAAUCAGUAGUAUUUAUAAUAAAUGUACUUAAAAAUUUGUUUGGUAGCCGAUACGGCACAAAUUAUGAAUUCCGAAAUCAAAGUAUAUAUAAAUAAACAUGUGUAUACCUAAUGUUAUAUUACAUUUGUUAAUGUUCAGCUGGAGGAAGGAGAAACAAUAAAAAUAAAUGCACAUGGUAAACAAGUAAACAUGUUAAAAUCGCUUAAAUUAAACAAAAGUUCAGUAUAUUUUUUAACAUAUCGAUGAUGGCAAGAACGCGACUAUUUUUGACAGUUAUUUUUUUUACAUUCCAUUCUCAGAAUAAAUUAAAACGAUUUAAAAAACAAAUCGAAGCACUUUCAACUACGGUUUUGUGAUGUUUGAAAUUAAAUAGGAAAGCAGACGAAAAUAAAAAAUAGAAGUUUAUUUAUGAAACCAAAUUACAUCAUACUUAAUUUAGAUAAAAGUUUGUCUUUGCGAAUACUAUGACUGUACAGUUUAUUCCAAUGACAAGAAGUAGAGAUGAACAAACCUUGAAUUUACACAUUCCAUGCGAUUUGAUAAUGGCUGUUAUAUUAUGUACUUAUAAUCAGUUCUUGAUUGAUUGAUUGAUUAAAUAAUUUAUAACAUAACUCUAUACCAUUUCACUACUUGAGGCCACUUUGAUUUUACUAAACAAGUUUUGAUAAGUGCCGAUAUUGAAAUCGCCAUUUUUCACGCAAGGUGUCAAAAGUUGUUAAUGUCUUAACGUUUAUGUAAUGAAGUAAAUUAUCU